AAAAAAUGCACAUGGCAUUGUUUACAUAUUGAGGCCUUCAGAAGCCCAUCUAAAGUCACUGCAGGAGACUAAUUUCAGCAUUGUCUUCAACGAUUCGCAUCCCAAAUGGAGGAUAGAAGGGCUUGCUGUGACCUACGAACGGAGGAUAAAUCUGAGUUGGAUGUCCCUGCUGGCCAAGGGUCCAGUAAUAGCGGAACUCCUCAUCAAGUGACUGGUCAGACAGCCAGAGAACUUACAACAGAAGAACAACAAACACUUUCAAGACAAGAUAACAAAUUGGUGUCUGAAUUCAAACAGGACAAACUUGAAAAAGAAGCACAAAAGAACUGGGAUUUGUUUUACAAGAGAAAUACUACUAAGUUCUAUAAAGAUCGUCAUUGGACGACGCGGGAAUUUGAAGAGCUAAAUUGUGAAAAGACCACAAAUAGCCUGAAGAUUUUGGAAGUUGGUUGUGGAGUUGGGAACUUCUUAUUUCCACUCCUUGAAGAAUACCCUGGAAUCUAUUUCUAUGCUUGUGAUUUCUCCCCAAGGGCUGUGCAGUUCGUUAAGGAUAAUGAACUGUACCAGGAAGACAGAUGCACAGCUUUCCAGUGUGAUAUCACAAAAGAUGACAUAACUUCAAAUGUUCCUGAAAAUGGCCUUGACCUUGUCACCAUGAUAUUCGUCCUCUCAGCUAUACACCCAGAGAAAAUGGUAGCAGCGUUGAAAAAUUUAGCAAAGGUUCUUAAACCAGGUGGAAGUGUCCUGUUCCGAGACUAUGGACUCCACGAUUAUGCCCAGUUAAGAUUUGCUCCAGGACAUAAGCUUCAGGACAAUUUAUAUGUGCGACAGGAUGGAACGAGAGCAUAUUACUUCUCUAUCGAGACUCUCUCAGAAUUGUUUAUUAAUGCUGGGUAUAAAGUAUUGGACUGUCAUUAUGUGCAUCGCGACACAGUAAACAAAAAGGAAGGACUUAGUGUACCUCGUAUAUUUGUGCAAGGAAAGUUUCAAAGGAUACCACAGGAGGAUUCUCAAAGUUGAUGAAAAACAUUAUUUUUAGGACAAUAUUUGCUAAAGAAAUGCACUGUCUCUAUAUAUUGGAAUUGGGUGUAUGCUGUAUUCCAAGUCAAUCUUCCUUCGCUAUCUAAAGAUGUAAAAGAGUAUGUACUGGAGAGGUGCAGUAACUUAAUAAAUGAGAUGAUUUUUUCCACACAAGUUUUAUUCUUUAAUUGUUUGGUGUCCGAGAACCUCGAAAGGUCAGUUGCGACACAAUGGGUCACAGAUGGUUGCCGAUACUUGCACAUUCUUGAUAAUGUAGGUAUCAUCAAAGAGCAUUGUAGACUACAGCA